AUGCCAAAGGAAGAACAAAAAACCACUUUCAUUGUAACUACAUCCAGCGCUCACGGUGCUUGGUAUCCCGAGAAGAAAUCUACAUUAUCUUUAAUCAACUCUCAUGUCGCCAACCGCAAAGCACAGCAGGCGAGCCAACGUCGAGCCCAGUCGAGUAGGACGGCUCGGCAGGCACGACCGCGUAAACGCACCUCUGUCGGUCCAGCUGAUCUGUUGAUCGAUGAAAGUGAGACCCAGAGCGAGGCUGAGAAGGUCGAAUCUAAGGCACAAUUGGAUGAAAGGGCCGGUUGGUCUCUGGAAGAACUCCAAGAUAUCUUUGGCGACCAGAACAAAAAGAAUACGGACCCCAAAAAGCCAGUGACUACGCUUCACUACGGCCACAGGAUUGACACACUAUCAAGUAAUCCCCAGACCCCGUCGCAACAGGAUCGACCAGGCUUGUUUCAAUCUGCUCCUACGGAUGCCCAACACCAGGUUUUGUACCACCCGAUUAGGGAUGAGCUAAGGCCAGUCAACUGGGACCAAGCAGCUGGGGCACAAGACUCCGUCUUACGGUUACCUCAUCGAGCCACAAGUCGAAGCCUGAUCAACCAAGGUCACCAAAAAGCUGCCCCAGCAGGCCAAUCAUCCCACCAACCAGCAAACACGUAUCAUCCUCCAACCCUCGCGAAGGAGAUCGAGUCUAUACUAGACCCCUUCCUGCAACUAGCAAUAAAGGUGUCCACAUAUGAGCAACAGCUUCUGCAUUUCUACCUUACCGAAGGUAGACAGGUCGUUUAUGGAACAUCGGCACAACCCGCAUAUUGUCCGGCUCUUCAUCUUGCUGGCAGAGGUCUUCUCCAAAGGAGCCCCGCUUAUGUUGAAACCCAUAUAGCUAUGGCAGAGCAUAUUUUAUGUGGUUUGAGAUCAGAACAGGUGACCGCCAACUUUUUCCGACGUCGAGCAGAUGCAUACAAGACCGUCGGAGACCUUGUACUGAAUCCUGAAGCCCAGUUUGACAAUCAGCUGUGUGGAUUGAUAUGCCUACAAAUGGCUGAACACACAAUUGGGCGCACUGAUCUACAGUCUGUCCAUUUGAGAGCCAUGCACGAGCUGGUUGAACGGCGCGGUGGUUUUCAAUUCUUCCUGCAAAUGACGCAUCCGGAAUCCGCGUUGACGGAGCCUGUGGAGUAUUCCAAUCAGUACAUGCUGGCAGAGUUUGAUGCUCAUGGCAAUCAAGACGUACUGGCUAAAGCAAAGGAUGAUUUCGUUGACACCUUACGCCGCAUUCGAAUUUGGACAUUGCAAAUUCAGGGUCUACAAACCGACACAAUCGCAUUAUCGCAAUUAAAGCUCCAUGAUCGCCACCAGGACCAACCCAAACUCACAAAGUUCAAGUCCUAUCUCUCGACUAUUACAAAUAAAUACCUCCGAGAAGCAACCGCUCCUCAUCACCAAGCAGCCGGCACUUUCAAUCUACUAUUCACUCUGUGCAACACCAUGGUAGCAUACGAUUUGAGCCCAGUAUCUACACCACAAUUUCUUUCAUCUUUGCAGACUCAGAUGGAGCAAAGUACAAAUAGACAUAGCACAAAGCAAUCACUGCAAGCAGGCGAGGAGGACAGUGAACUUUCCAACCUUCACCCUUGUGCCGUCGUCGGCUUGGUCUCACAUUUACGCAAAGACCUUAAGAAAGAAAGACGAGGUCCAACACCAGAUUUUCUGUCUUUCAGUACUCACGAUACAUUUGAUACCUUUCCACUAGAAGUGAAUCUCAGCAGUUCCUCUAUCAGCGCCAUGACUGUGUUCCCUCUUCUCGACUUUGGCACAAGGCUACGACUCAGCAGGGGCUUUUUAAGGUCCGUAAUGGCAACUUGCGACCUCACCACAGUCGAAAGCUUUGGAGAAAUAGAGCUGCAAGAUCUAGAUUUUGAAAUUUCGAGAGCAUAUCAUUGA